AUGGUCAUUUGCAAACAUUGUGUGAAGAAUGGCCAUCACAAUGCCCACACAAUACUUACGGUGCAUAGACAUUUACAUCAAGAUGUUAUUCCAUUGAGUGAGCUGGAAACUCUAAUUGAUUGUUCAAAGAUCAAGCCUUAUAGAAGUAACAAUAAAUGGGUUAUAUCUGUAAAUCCUCUCCCUCAUAUUGGCUCGAGUUCAGUCAACGAGAACAGUGGGGUUUGCAAUGUUUGCAAACGAAGGCUGAAUCCUAAAUUUCGGUUAUGCUCGCUCACUUGCAAGGUAUCCGAGCAGAGAAGUUUGGAGCAAUUGGAGAAUGCUGGAGGAACCAAGCAUCGUAGAAAAGGAGUGCCUCGAAGGGCGCCUUUGUUUUGA